AUGACGUCUCGCCGACCUAGCACGGCUAACGAUGCAGGCUCAUCACGUAUGUCUUUAACAUCAGUAGAGGCACUGCUCUGGGGACCGGAAAUGAAAAAACAACAUGCAUUCCUUCUCACAGAGAUGCGUGCACUUCAGAAACAGAAUGAAGGCUACGAUGCUCGCAUACGAGUUACUGAAGCUGUUGCAGCAGCCACAGAAGCCACCGCAGCACGAAUUCGUCACUUGGAACAACAACUCGCUGCCAUCGAGGCGGAAAACAAUGACAGGACUUUCGAGAAGUGGGCUUCGGGCGAAAUGACGCGACUGAGUGUUUUCGUCGAUACCAACAAGAACAUCAGAAAAAAGCAGACUGAGCUCGACAACAAGGUAUUGAGCAUAUCAGAAACGUUGGGGAAGCUCUCACAUAGACCUAUGGAAUUGGACACUGUCCUCCGACGCCUUGAAAUACUUGAGCAUAGUCGCAAAGAGGAUGCCGAUCGGAUCCAAAAUUUGGAAGGAGAGAUCGGCCGUCUCAGGUCUGUACGGGAAAGCGAAACUACUGAUAACUUGUGUUCAAUAGCGGGGCCAACUUCAAAAACAUACACCGGGACAGAAUUGAUAGAUUCACAGCUGCUUAAUUGUGGGAUAGUGGACGAAACGACUGGACCGAAUGGCGAGUCAACACUCCUUUCGCAAACAACCCCACGCGAGGAAUUGCAAGUCCCUCAAACUCCUGUGAUACGAACAACAAUCCAUGGUGCGACCGUUGUUGUAUCUCCUACCGAAGACUGGCUUCUUCCACCAGCUAGACCGAGGCUAUUGCAAAGACCCUCAAUCCAUGAUGCAAAAGUACCACGCCCUAUAGAAGAGGAGAUUUUAGAGCCAUCACCGGCCGAGAAUUUAUGUUCCAAUAUAGGCCAUGCCUCUCCACCACCUACACAGCUUGUUUUUAGAGGGCGACAACGCAAGAAGCCUAUGCCUACGCUUGCGCCACAGCAGAAGGGUGCUCCGAUUCCUAGAGACGAAGCUCCAGCAAGCGUAGCCCCAGCCACACAGCUCGUAGACAGGAGACCACUCCGAAAGCGGAAGCAACCCCAUCCCGAGCCUCAAUCACAGCGACUAACGCGUUCUUCGGCUAAGAAAAUGGAAGCGAGAGAGUGUGAGAUGCAGGCAUCGAUAGGAUUGAACAAUGUACCAAGAGUUCAAUCGACACCUAAAAUUGAGCCGAUAUCCUCACCACGGAAGAAAUUGAAGGCCAUUGGUUCACCAAAAAAGAAGAAAACUUCCACUCCCCCUCCGGUGGUCACAUGUCCAGAAGUUCAAAAAAGACUAAUAGUGAAACUACCAUCUCCACGAAAACCAAAUCGUGUCGAUACUGGUCUCAUAAACCAUUCACCAAGUGAAGCGGCCAGGGAACUGGACCACGAUCAUCCUUCAAAACACCUAAGACUCUCGCGAGCUCUCGGAGUAGGCAGCCUCAAGAUGAAUCAGUCGCCAUUCCGGUGAGGAAAAAAGGACCAAACUGCGCCGCCAGCGACAACUCCCAUUUGUCAUCUCGAA